GAUAUUCAUCAAGGAGGUGUGAAUCUAAAUCUGUCAAUUAGUCAGAGGACUUUAUUUCGAAGUGUGAAAGCGGAAGUGAUGCUGUUGACGGUCUGGGUGACUUAAUGUGUCCAGGUGUGUUCGUGCUGGCGGAUAUGGGGCUGGUGUACUCGGAGCCAGCCUGUCAGACUGCUUAUGACGGAGACGUCCAUCAGUUGUAUCACCUCCUGAGAGAAGAUCCCACCCACCUGAAUGUUCAGGAGGAGCACUCGGGGGACACGCCCCUCAUUGCAGCCUGUCGCCGUGGCAACCUAAGGGUGGUGCAGUACCUGCUGGAGAACGGGGCUGACGUCCACCUGACCAACAAGAAGCAGAGGACAUGUCUUCACUAUGUGUCCAGGAGGACUUUCUCUCUGCUCGAUUACCUGAUGAUCUCCAUCCUGAUGCCCAUCCUGCUGCUCGGUUACUUCCUCAUGUUACAGAAACAGAGGCAGAACGUGGCUUUGAUGCGGGCGGUGCUGAGCAGCACAGUGAACAUUGAUGCUGUUGACUACAAGGGGAACACAGCUCUGCAUUAUGUCUGUCAGAGGAAAAGUCAUCGUUUGGUUCCUCUGCUGCUGGAAAGAAACAGCAACACCAACAUCCAAAACAACGACGGAGAAACACCGCUGGACAUCGCCACCAGGCUCAAUUUCAAGAGGAUCGUCAACAUGCUGAAGAAGACGCAUUGACAGACAAGGGGACAUAAGCUGAGGCUUAUAUUUUUAUACAGAGGGAAGAAGUCCGUCAGUGCAGAAAGAUUUCAACCUGUUUUCAACCUGAUUUCAACCAAAGGAGCCCAUCAGCUCCUGUCCUCAGUAACCACUGGAGGAGCCUUUUACUCAGCGUAUAUGAAUGAAAACUAAAGCUUUGUCUUAGCCCAGCCCAAGUGGCCUUUAAAACCCCGAAGAGUCCGGCAGCUGAUCAAACUUAGCCUCGUGCUAAUGUCGCUGUUAGACAGUGUGAGUUUCAUCAUCACUAAAUUACAACAGGCUGCAGCUCACAAAGCAGUUCUUCUCUGGAGAUUACAAAAAUCCAUUUGUUAGUGUAAUUAGAGCUUUUGUCGUGGCUUCCGGGACUACCUGAUACUAUGCAGAAGAUCACAGCCUGAUUGGUUCAACACACUGUAAAUUUUCCCCUGUGCCAAUAGUCGGAUAUGUAAGGAUUGUAUAAAAGAGAAAGAAAACAUGGUUUGGAUUCAAAUUACUUGAUUUCACACAGGAAUCACAUCCUGUCCUUGCCCUGGUGCACACUUUUAAAAUUCUUCUAACAGGCUUUUUUGGUGUAAACAGGAUGAAGUACUGACAGCACUGACAGGUUUCUUUACUUUAACAGAAACUGUCCAGGCUGAGUUACUGACAGAAAUGGGGAUUGUUUACCUGUAAACACGCCUUCAUGCCUCCACUGUUAGAGGACAUUUCCACUAUGAUGGCAGGUUUUUCACCUGAGUUCCAGUCAUUUAGUUGCUCCUUUUAUCCAGAAUGACUUACAGCUUCUUCAUUCAGCCACAUGGAUUCAACACAAAACUGAAGUGCUUUAGGUGUUAAAUUUACAGACAAUAAGAAAGAGAAAGUAGAGAUUUUUUUCUGAACAGUUUUCAGUCUGUGAAUUUCAGCUGUUAACUGAAAGUUGAUUUGAAAAUCUGAAUUUGGUUCUACAAAGCAGGAAAAAUAACCAGAUAAAAAAUUAUAUUACAUUAUGUAAUACAUUAACAGACUCAGCCAACAUAACACACAGCUGUUUCACUGGCUAGCAGUUUCUUAAUGCUAAGCUGGGCUAACCACACCCUGACAGCAGCUCUGUACUAACAGACAUGAAGUUGAUAUCCAUAUGACUUCUCUGAAAGAAAGACAAAGCAGUAAAAUCUUUUUGUAAGUUGAAACGGAGCAUUUAAUGAAAGCUGUCUGCCAGAAAAGGAUUAAAACUUGAAUUAUACAACUGAGCUUGUGGAGAACAUAAGAUGCAGAUCACCUGAUACAUUUCAAAUUAAAGGUUUUAUUACUCGUCA